ACAUCAACCCCUGCUGCUACUCCUCCCGCCACGACUACAUCGGUCGCCGUGACGUCGAAAAAGAGGCGCCGCUAUGAGCAAUCACACCUGCCAUUUGCACCGCCUCCUCCUAAGCCCCCACUCCGCCACCGCCGGAGCGUGUCACUGCACCGUCAGCGAAACCGACAGUUGCGGAGAAGACGGCGAGGGCAUACGAAAAGGCGCAACAUAAGUACACCAAUGAUUGGCUCCCGAAAUUCCCAUGGCUGGUCCUUGAUAAAAAUGACGACGGAAUCCCGUGCUUGCGUUGCAGUGUUUGCAUGGAGCAUGGUGCAGUGCAUGCAAGAUACGGGCGUGAGGGCAGUGGCGGUCGGGAUCUGCAAGUCGGCUCGAUGCGCUGGCACCAGGAGAGUCAGAAGCAUGAAGACGCGGUGAGGAAGCAACAACACCUGCUGACAGAAGUGGAGAACCAGAAGAGGAUGGAAGACUUUGUUGCGAAUGACCCAGAGGGAGCGCGCAUCAUUCGGCUACUCCGCGCCAUGUUAUUCAUCUGCAAGGAAGAUGCGCCCAUCAGCAUGUUCACCCGCCUCGUGGGCUUCAUGGCGCAUGAAGGGGUGAAGGACGUUCCUAAGCAGAGCUACGGUGUCUACAUAACACAGUACGGCUUCAAGGAGAUGGUGAAAGCCAUGGUGGCUUUCUUGCAGGCGCAACAGAUGUCGCAUAUUCACGCAUCUCCAUUCAUCGGCCUCAGUUGUGACGAAAGCACCGACAGAACGCGGGGGAAGCACUUGAUCCUGUUUGCAACAUUUCUGAAGAAGCGGAAAGUGGUCACCGAGUUCCUAGCUUUGCUGACCGUGGACAAGUGCGACGCGGCUUCUCUGCAGGCGAUCAUCCUCUCCCACCUCGAGACCCUCGGCGUCGAUCUCCAGAAGAUCUCUGGCAUCAGUACGGAUGGGGCUUCUGUGAUGACAGGCGAGCAUCAUGGCUUGGUGGCUCGCUUACGAAUGCGCAUCCCGCACCUCGUGGGCGUCCAUUGCAUCGCCCAUAGAGAGUCCCUGGCUGUCAAGGAUGCUGCCGCGGCCUUCCCGGACUUCAAGAUCAUCGAUGCCGUCAUCCGCGCAUUGGGGGAGAUUGUUGGCCGUUCCACCCCAUGGUAUGAGCGCUUCAAGCACCUGCAGAUGGUCAUCCACAACACCAACCUGGAGCAUCAAGGACUCUACCUUAUCCGGUGGCUCUCACGUGGCGAUGCAAUCAAGAGGCUCUGCAGCAUUCUCGGAGCGGCGAUCGUUGUCCUCAUCGAGUACAACCACAAGCUGGCACCGGUUGUGAAGACGCUGAAAUUUCACUACUGCCUGUACUUCCUCGCUGACGUCCUCGCCGAGAUGAACACCCUCAACAGGUUCUUUCAGAGGCGCUCUGUAAGUGGUGGUUUUAACGGGACGUACUUUUGUUUGGCGUAUCUCGUUGCACUGUUGCACAGUCUUGCUAUGUGUUUAACUUGGUAGUCAUGUGCGUGAGUUUAAUUCCUUGCAUUUUGUACCUCCGCCUGCCCUAUGCCCCUUCCGUCAGGUGGACAUCACCCUGGUGUCCCAGGAGGUUGACCGCACGGUCACCUACAUCCGGCACCGUUACAUCGAGUACGGUGCGACAUUCGGGGGGGGAUGAGCAAGAGGCUGACCAAGUUCCUGCAGCGGCAUGCCAGCGGCAAGCGCAGCAUCGUCGUCGAUGGCAUGGACAACGACGGAAGUCCCUGCACGCACGCAUUCGAACUCUCGGAGGAAAAGCUACCCGGCCACAAGUUCGGCGGCAGCAUGUCGGACUGUGAGGACCUUUGCUCUGCGUUCGCCAAAGACAUGGUGGCGAAUGUGGAGCAGAGGCUGUGGGAUCUGAAGCGGAUGGGCGGCGCGGGACUGUUCAAAGUUGAGUGCUGGCCGAAGAAGGCAGAAGUGCGCGAGCGGCGACAUCUCUCCUGGCUCGCAUCCAACGUCGCCCUCUUCGACCACAAGCU